AUGUUGGGACAGCCUUUGAGGUCACUAUACUAUUUGUUUUUCACUUCAUUGUGUCUGGGGACCGUGCUGACCAUUCUCAUCUGGCACACGAGCAACAACAACAAUGUGGAACCUUACAGACCACCUCGUCAUAAGAAAAGUCCUCCUCGACUUUCUGAACUCUGCAAAGGCUGCAGGGAGGUCAUUGCCAAAGUAAAAGAGCGUUACUCUCAAAACUGGAUGAAGCAGGAAAACAAUUACACAAAGUUCAGAUCUGAGCUGAGCAGCAAGUGUAAUGGUUUUGACAAGGCCAUCAUUACCCAGGCCAACACUCCAGUGGGUUCCAAGAUUGUGUACGAUGGAGAAAAGAAGAGCCUCGAGGUGACCCCGGAGAUUUUCAGCACCUUUGCAAAGGAGCAUCCACUCCCAAAUCAAAUGUUGGACACAUGUGCUGUUGUUGGGAACGGAGGGAUCCUGACCGACAGCGGCUGUGGAAAGAUGAUCGAUUCAGCUCAGUUUGUUUUCAGGUGCAACCUUCCUCCUUUGGAAGACGAAGAUGUGGGCACCAAGACUGACCUCGUGACAGCAAACCCAAGCAUCCUCACAGAUAAGUACGGGGCUCUACAGGGGCGUCGCCGUCCGUUUGUGGAGAGCCUGGGAAUCUAUGGCAACUCUCUUCUUCUCCUUCCCGCCUUCUCAUAUGGCCAAGACACUUCUGUGUGCCAGCGGGCUGUCUACAGCAUUGAGGAAUUUGAAAGCCCCAUCCGACCUGUUUUCUUUAACCCUGAAUACCUCCAGAAACUGGCCAUCUUCUGGCGCUCCCACAGCGUAAAAGCAGCACGGCUCAGCACCGGCAUAAUGAUGACUAGCCUGGCACUGGAACUCUGUUCUAACGUGCAUCUGUACGGGUUCUGGCCCUUCAGUAAUCACCCACUUGGACUCUAUGCCCUGACUAACCACUACUACGACGAUGUAAAAGCUAAGGCAGGAGUCCAUGUCAUGACGGUUGAGUUUGACCUCUUGUUGCAGCUGCACAGCCAGGGGGUGCUCAGGCUUCACCUGGAAGAUUGUCAGCCAGGUAAAACGUAG